AUGGGCGGAAUUUCAAGACUGGUCGGCGCGGGCAUCGGCUUCACUUCUGAAGCCAUCCAUGCAGCUCGAAACCGUAACAAAGACAAAGACUCUGGUUCGGAGGUGGCAUCUAGCUCUGCCUCUGUCUCUGCCUCUACCCCUCGCGGUCUCCCUUCUGAUGCCUCUACUUUCCCUACCACGGAAAAUGUUAGUCGCCAAGAAUCGAGAGACUUGAGCGCCGAAGAAGAACUUCCCGCCUACUCACCUGGCGAUAGGCCGCAGAACACAUCCGAUGGCGAUGAGAAGAAUAGGGACCUCCAUGAGGUAGACCAGGACUCGGAUGACAUGUAUGGCGAGUCUGUCUACAGACACGACACUAAUCGUGAAGACGGUGGAGAUGAGGAAGCCUGGCAGCUCGACGAAAUGGCCGACGCUUUGCCGACAUACAAUGAAGUGGAAGGUCAACCGGGAUCCCUUUCUAGAAGCAACACCGACAACGACCCUGAUACAAUCCGUGAGGGUGAUUCUGAAGAUACCAAAGAGAAGAAGAUAGAGCGUAUGGUUCGCAACAUCGUGGCAAUGGCUGGACCACCUGGACCGAAGACACGACUCCCAUAUCCUGUGAUUAUCCCCCAGCGCAGACCUGGCUCAAAGAAGCGUGGAUUCGUCAAUGCUUAUGCUCCUAUCUUGGAACAAACUGGUAUCAGUCAAGAAGUGUUCAUAAAGUUCAUCAACGACUUUAACAAAGCGACUCUGGCAGAUUUGUGGAUCCGGGUCAUCGUUGUCACAGCCAGCAUCGCUGGCUGGGGCUACAUGUGGCAAGUGUCGGUGGCUGCCAUCGCCGUUCAAACCGUUUUUGAAACAGUCGCGCAAUUUCAAAAUCGCAAGCGCACGACCAAUUUCCUCGACAAGAUCAACGAAGAAUUAUUCAUUCCUCGCGGUCAAUAUUGCUUAAUCAUGAAAUUCAAGGAUCAGCCCGACAAGCCAAAGAAGAACGCCUCCAAGGAGCCAGCGGACGCACUUGGUGACGUGUUCAGUAUGGAACAGGUUAGAGCUGAUGGAACACAAGUAGAACCUGCUAGCCCCAACCCCGCUGGCACUGGUCCCUCGGAAUUUGAUGCAGCCCGAACAAUCUCCAAGUAUACCCAUACGGAGAACCAUCCCGAUAUGCCUGCGUGGAAGCAGCGCAUGAAGGGGUACAGAUUCCAGAGUGGCGAGACUCAUGGUGAUCUGGCGCUUCCAGAGUCCGCACCUCUGAUCUAUCCCCGUAUCGACAAGGCAGCACAGCGCGAAGCGGAGGGCAAAGCACCCAAGACCAGCUUCCAAAAUUCGAGAACCUGGGCUAGCGAUUACUGGGAUAGAAGAAGACAAAUGUUCUUCGAAGCUGAGCACAAGGGUUCUGGUCUGGCUGUUCCCGAGGAAAAGCGAAGUGGGUUUACCUCUCGCUACAACGACCCCAACCACGCCGCGAAUAAUGGAAAUCUCAUCUCGGCCCUGACUGGUGGCUUGGUCAAGCCUGGUCCGAGUAUGUUUGAGAAAGCUACCAAUAAAAUGAGGGAACGGGAAAAUAGAAAGCGCGCCUCUCAGGGUCUACCCCCAGUUGAGACUGAGACGUUGAAGGAGAAGAUUGCACGAAAGAAGAAAGAGACUGGAAGCAGAAUUCGAAUUCUUCGGGAGGAUGUCAUGUAUCUCAUGAUUGUCAACAUGCCUACCCCCGAGGAGUUGGAAGAGUCAGUCGCCCGGGCGAGAUACAUGAUGGAGCAAGAGCAGCAGCAGAAGCAGAAGAAGAAGCAGAAGCCGCAGGAGAUCUAG